AUGAAAAGAGAAAAGCUUGACAAACAGUUUUCAAAGUUUCUAGAUAUUUUGAAGCAACUUUACAUUAACAUACCUUUCACAGAUGCUUUAACACAAAUGCCUUCAUAUGCUAAAUUUCUUAAAGAAAUUCUGUCAAGUAAAAGAAAAUGGGUAGAAGUUUUAGUGGUUAAGCUUACGGAAAAAAAAAAGAAAUUAGAACUUGGUAAAAUGAAAGAUGCUGAUGUGUCUCUUCAAUUAGCUGAUCAAAGUAGACCAUUUCUCACAACAGGAAGGGCAAUUAUUGAUGUCCAUAAAGGACAAUUAAUAUUGCGAGUUGAUGAGGAAAGAGUAAUUUUUGACAUGCAGAAAAUGAUGAAAUUUCCUGGGGAUGAGUCAUCAUCAUCUUGUUUUCAAAUUGACUUACUAGAUGACCUUAUAGAUAAAUACAAAGAUAAUCAAUUAAUUACUAAUUCAUUGGAGAGAUGUUUGGCUAGGUCAGAACAGGAAAGCAAACUGAUUGGAGUCCUGAGAAAACACAAAAGAGCCUUAGGGUGGACUAUAGCUGAUAUCAAAGGAAUCAGUCCAGCUAUUUAUAUGACUGAAAAGUUUCUUGAAAUAUUUAUGGAUGAUUUCAUAAUUAUUGAGGAAAUUGUUUUAGUACAUAAAAUUUCUGCUAAAGGGAUAGAAGUUGAUAAGGCUAAAAUUGAUCUUAUAGCAGGAUUACCCCCUCCUACCACUGUUAAAGGCAUUAGAAGUUUCUUAGGGCAUGCAGGUUUUUAUAGAAGAAAAGCAUUUAAGAUUCUCAAGGAACAUUUGACUAAUUCUCCAAUUGUUGUUUCUCCUUAUUGGAGCAAAUCAUUUGAAAUAAUGUGUGAUUCAAGUGAUAUAGCAGUUGGAGCGAUAUUGGGACAAAAGAGAGACAAGAUUUUUAGGCAUAUUUACUAUGCCAGUAGAACCCUCAAUAAAGCUCAAAAGAAUUAUGCUAUAACUGAGAAGGAACUACUAGCAGUAGUAUUUGCGUUUGACAAAUUUCAUUCCUAUUUGAUAGGAACAAAGGUUACAAUUUAUACUGAUCAUGCAGCUUUAAAGUACCUUUUAGCAAAGAAAGAUGCUAGACCCAGAUUGCUAAGAUGGAUACUCCCUUUACAAGAAUUCAAUCUUAAAAGAAAAGAUCGAAAAGGUUCUGAAAAUCAGGUAGCUGAUCAUUUGUCUCGUUUGGAAAAUCCUCUAACUGAGAUAGAAGAUAUCAAAGAGGGAUUUCUCGAUAAACAUAUAUUUUCAGUCACAACCGUUAUAAAUCGACCACCUUGGAGAUGUGUACUAGAGACAGAAAUGAACAACAUCUUAAGUAACUGCCAUGAUGGGGCUGCAGGAGGACACUAUGGAGGAAGAAAGACAGCAGCUAAAGUACUUGAAGUUGGAUUUUUCUGGCCUACUCUAUUUAAAGAUGCAAAGAAUUAUGUCACCACUUGCGAUAAAUGCCAUUGA